AUGAAGCUGAACGUUGUCACAAGCGCUGUCGCUCUGGCGGCGGUGUCUUGCAGCUGCAUCAAUGCGGUGACUCUUCCUCUCAAGUCUCGUGCACCUGUUCCGGACGUCUACAAGAUAACCGUCAAGAAUCUGUAUCCUGAGGACACGGUGUUUGACAAGGCGCGCAACCUCUUCUACCAGUCGAACCUAUGGAAAGGUCGCAUUUCGGUAUGGAGCGUCAACGAUAAUUCUCACUUUAACGUUCUCGUCCCUGGUGUUUCCAGUGAUGGUGAUGGAGACCAACAGAUGGCAGGAUUGUCUAUCAAUGGUGCAGGCGACAAGCUGUUCGCGGUUGCUAAGAACUCGGCUGCUUUCCGAUUUGGCCCAGGUCAACGAGCUGACGGAGCCGACUCUUUCCACCGAUUCAACUUACCGGUGAAUGCCAAUAGUGCUCCUGUAUGGAGUAUCAGUCUGAACAUGGUGCAGACACAAUUCCAGCUGGAACGUGGCACGCUGCCGUUUGGUCCGGUCGACUCAGCACAGGAUGCACAGGACAACUCGUACGUUGUAUUUGCACUGGGCAUGGCUGCUAUCGCCAAGGUUUCUGCUGAUGGUCUAUCUGUCAUUCCCUGGUUCGCUGAAGAGUCGAAUGGCAGUCAACGACCAGGAUACACAGGAAUCGCGUACAUUCCCGAAGACAAUGUUCUGGUCGCAUUUGGUGGACCUCGUGUUCUGACCGCUUUCGACCUGAAUAGCGCUACGCCUACCGCUAUUCCGGUUCAAAUGUUGGGAGUCAACUUUGGAGAUCUGGAUGGAACCGAAAAGCUGCAUGCUAUCAAGGUGAACGGCAAGAGCAACUUGUUCGGUGCCAAAGCACCCAAUGCCUACCGCUUCCAGUCAAACGAUCGAUGGCGUACGGCAAGCGUCCGCUCUUGGACGCGAAACGAGUUCCAGACCAACUCGCUGACCGUUGUCACUGAUGCCAGCUUUAACGGUGAGCAACAGAUCUAUGGCGGUGGCGCUUACUUUGGCGAGGGUGCAAAGGGCGGCAGGUCUCAAUUCCCGCUGUACAGGAUCUACGAUCUGAUCUGA